AUGGCAGUCAGAGGACAAGAGCUAAUAUCGCUCAUCAAGCGGCAAAUUGAGGAGUUUGGCGGCGACCUGACCCUCGUUGACGUGGGGACUGUUCUGCAGGUGGGUGACGGCAUCGCCAGCAUUCAGGGCCUGCAAAGCGUCCGUUCCAACGAAUUGCUGGACUUUGGCAACGGUAUUCUCGGGCUGGCCAUGAACCUGGAAUCGGACGUUGUGGGAGCAGCCAUUCUCGGCGACCCCACCGGCGUGAAAGAGGGCGACCGCGUGCGGGCCACCGGUCAGAUUAUUGAAGUGCCAGUGGGCGAUGCCCUGAUAGGCCGGGUUGUGGACCCUCUGGGCCGGCCGCUGGACGGCAAGGGCCCGAUUAUCACCGACCAAACGAUGGCGGUGGAGCGCACCGCGCCCAACGUCGUGGUUCGCAAGUCGGUGGAUACUCCGGUGCAAACCGGCAUCAAGGCCAUUGACGCCAUGAUUCCGAUCGGUCGCGGCCAACGUGAACUCAUCAUCGGCGACCGCUCCACCGGCAAGUCGGCCAUCGCCAUCGAUACGAUUAUCAAUCAGCGCGAUACCGACCUGAUCUGCAUCUACGUGGCCAUCGGCCAGAAGCAGGGCAAGGUUUCGCGACUGCUGCAAGAUGUCCUGAUCGUUGUACGCGACGACCUGACCAAGCACGCCUGGGCCUACCGCCAGAUGUCGCUGCUGCUGCGCCGCCCCGCGGGUCGCGAGGCGUAUCCCGGCGACGUUUUCUACCUGCACAGCCGGUUGCUGGAGCGGGCGGCUCGCCUGGACGACAGCCUGGGCGGCGGUUCGCUGACAGCGCUGCCGAUCAUCGAAACUCAGGCUGGCGACGUGUCGGCAUAUAUUCCGACCAACGUGAUUUCCAUUACCGACGGCCAGAUAUAA